GAAGGUCAGGAGGAAACUAUAAAUGGACUUUGUUUUCAAAAUGAACGACUCAAUGAACAGUUGUUGUCAUUUUCAUGAAAACAAGUAAUGACAACACAUGACAAUGAAAUCUUGGUGUUCCCAGAUGCUUUGCACAGACGUUUAGAACAUGAUCUUCUUCUCUUUCAAGAAUCUAACAGAAAAACAACCACAACAAAUUUUGGAUUUCAUAACUUUCCAACUCUUGCCCCUGCACUUCCCCCAGGGGCAGAGCUCUGGCUCACAAUAUGUUACCUUUCUCUCUAUGGUAUAUUAUUCCUCAUAAUAUACCUUCAGUUAUGGAUGAUAUGGUACUACAGACAUAAACGACUGAGUCAUCAGACAGUGUUUUUGUUUCUUUGUUUGCUAUGGACUGGAUUGAGGACCACAUUAUUUUCUUUUUAUUUUAAAGACUGUUUGUUGGCUAAUGAUUUACCUAUUGGACUGUCAUGGUUGCUGUACAGCUUUCCUGUUUGUCUGCAGUAUGUGACAUUAUGUCUUCUAGUAUUGUUUUUUGCACAGGUUGUUUUUAAAGCAAGAGCAAGAUAUGAACCAAGCAGAUACAAAAAACCAUUACAGAUUGGAGUGUGCCUUUCUGUUGUUAUAUUUCUAGCUACAAACAUUACUUCUGCAAUAGUUGUUAAAAAUCAAGCCCAAACGAAACAUUCCGUGCCAAUUGAGUACCUGAUUAUUCGGGUAUCUAUAAAUGACACCUUAUUUCUGAUAGCUGCUAUAUUGUUGUCUUUCUGUAUUUACAAGAUGAGUAAAAUGUCUGCCACCAGUGUUGUUUUAGAAGCCAAGGGAACAAGUUUAUGCCAAGCUCUUGCUACUAGCAUAAUUACGAUUUUAUUGUUCACAUCACGUGUUGUGUACAACUUUCUUGUAAUUUGUCCACAUGUUCAAGAUAAACUACCUUCAUUUGGAUAUGGAUGGGUUAAUGUUUCAGAUCAGGCAGAUAUUCAUGAAUUAGAUAAAGGAUAUGCCUAUGUUUCUUUUGGAAUAGUUUUAUUUGUGUGGGAAUUUCUGCCAACAUUUAUUAUUGUGAUAUUCUUUAGAGUGAGAAAACCACCAACAUCUACUAUUCAAUCUAUAAGUGAUGCUUCCACAUAUAGCCAAGGUAGUAGGGCUUAUUUCUUUGACAACCCAAGGCGAUAUGACAGUGAGGAUGACUUAUCAAGAAAUGAUCUUCUCAGAGGAAGCUAUGAAUACAGUUAUGCACAGUCAAUAAACAGCGAAACUAGGCACACACCCAGACAGACACCUAGAGUAACACCUAAAGGUACUCCAUAUGGAACUCCAAGGAUGUAUGGAGGGAUAAAUGCUAGCAGUGGAAAUACACCAAAUACACAUUAUGGAAGUUACCAAAACUAUAAUUAGAACAUAAUAAUUGGUUUAAAUGGGAUAUGAAUUGCCAAAAUCAUAACUUCUGACAGUGCUUUCAAAUAGUAUGGAAUAAUCAAAAUUUGAAAUACAUAAUAUAUUGUCAAAAUCCAAAAUACUUGUAUACAAUUUGGUACUUUUAUUUACAUUAUGAUUUUUAAGUAUGGUAUAUAUAACACCGAACAAAUAUGAUUUUAAAUAUAAAAUGUCUGUAUUAGUGGUGACAAAGUUCCUUUAUUUUGCAAAGUGAGUCUAAAUGUUCAAUUGUCCAGUUAAAUGCUAAUUCCUCUCUUCAGCUAUAAAAUUAAGAAAACUAAUGAUGAAGAUUAUUUGGAAACAAGUUAUACACUAAAUUUAAAGAUCAAGAAACUUAGAAUUGUCAUGGUAUAUGGCAUUUUUGUAUAAAUAUAUGUCAUCCAGAUACCUUAUACAGGCAAUGGCUUUUUACUUAAAAUACAGUUGAAAUUUAAAUUACAUUUGUUUUUGCAAUUCAAUUUUUUUCUGAGAUAAUUGUUUAUUCAUGAUGUAGUUUUAACACUCUUUUAUUCCAUUAGGAAAAAAAUGACUUUGUCCCUUAAGAAAAUAGUUUGUACACCAUAUAUACUUGAGUGUAUACAAAGUCCAAUAAAUUAAAGUUUGGUUGUUGUUAGAUGGACCAUAAAUCAAUAUAUUGGUUUGGUUUCUAACUAUACAAUACUGUGAAUUUGUGAGAUACAAAUGUUCAGUGAUAAUGUUGAAGCAUGAAAUUAAAUGUUCAAUGAUGUCAACUUUCUGUAGUCUUCUUUGAAGACUUUGAUAAACACUGGAAAUAAAAUAUCCAUAAAAGUGCUAAAUUUUCCCUCAUUUCCCCAAAUUUGGUAACAACAAGAAUACAUGAGACCACAAUAGGUAAGAAAGAUUCCCCUAACCAACAAGAAACUUUUAUGCACACACUGUUUUGACGCAAUAAAUAGAAAUGGCAUAUUGAAGAUGGUUUUCUGUUAGUAUUUAAAGUUUUUCUUUAAAAUGCAUCUAAUUAUAAUUUAGAAACUGUAAUGAAGUAACUUAAAUAAUUUGAACGAUGAUGAUUAAACAUUGAGAAUUCAUCAUGAAAUAGAUUAUCUAUUUAAUCAAAAUGACUUGACUUAGCUUUGUAACAAUGUGUUAUUAUGGUUUUGGAAUCAAAAGUUUAUAUAUAUAUAUAUAUAUAUGUCAAUUAGAAUUGUGACAUUCCAUUUUCAAUUCAUACAAAUAUUAUAUUAUUGCAUGUAAACAAAUGUUUUAUCUUUUUUUUUUCCUUAUCUUUUACCAGUGAUUUUAAUAAUUUUGUAGAAAAACUAUUGGAUAUUUUCUCUAUCUUUAUUAAGAAUAAAUGAUAUACAAAAAGUGGAUUUACAUUUUUAGGUACUAUAAUUAUUGUGCAAAGAAAAAAUAAUUAAAUGGUAGAAUAGUUUUAAAUAAAUUAAGGGAGAUUAUCUUAUAUUUAUUUGUUUAUUUAUUUGUAGCUUUGUAGAAAUUUUUGAAGUAAUGGAGUCUAUUAUUUACCAGUGAAAAUUGAUUGGUUGUGAAAAUUUGAUGCUUGCUGUGAGAAUUUUUAUUUUUUAUCUUAAAGUAUUAUUUUUAUGAAAUAAACAUUUUAUAAUACCCCUUCCUCUGCCAUUGGCUACUGGUUAUCUGAAUUCCUGGACCAACAUUAUUUCCUUUUUUCUUUGCUUCAAAGUUGACAGGAAAGGGGGGAUAAACAAUGUGACAGUAACUUUCAUCUUUCAUUUGCUUCUCAUGUUAAUAUUCCUGCAUAAAUUAUAGAUUUGUUAGUAAAUUUUGUUAUUUUUAUGAGGAAUAUGACACUUAGUACUGCCAUUAUGCUGCACAUAUCUGCUUUGUUAUUGUAAAUUUUGAAGAAAAUUAGAAACCGAAAAGAUAUUUGGAAAAAAUAGAAUAAAAGUAAAUAAACAAGUAUUUAUUUUGAUGAGUUUUUCAUAUGCAUAAUUUUAGUUCUUUAAAAAAUAAUGCAGGUUGAAAACUUCUUAUUCACUAAAUAAUUAUAAUGUACUUUUGCUUACAAAAAUGCAAUGUUCGGAAGUUUAAUAUUUUCAAUUAUGCUUGGCUGAAAAUGGCAAACAUUUUCUAAGGUAAGUUUACCUUUAGAACUAGUCAUUUCUGUUAACCUGAUCUUAUUACAAAACAUUAUAUACAUAUAUUUAUCACCACUUUGCUUAUAAAAUGAUCAUGAUCAAAUUAAUGGAACAAUAUUGAAAUUGAAUAUGUGAUAUAUGAAUGAUUUGUUUAAAUAUCUAGUCGUGUAUAUUUAUUUUGAGUUGUAAUCAUGAACAAUACAUGUGAAGAAAAGUUUUAUUAAAUAUGGUGAAAGAAUUAUAUUAAAUAAUUUUAUUUAAA